AGAAAUGGUGGGAUUGGAGAACUGGAAAUGCGUGCAAAUCCGAAUGGCUUCGACGAAUCUCACUCAGUCUGUCAACUUUUUCUGCAGAUGCCACUUCGAGAUGGCUUCAACAGCCCCAGCAACGGGACUCGAAGCAACAACUCGCAUCAUUCCACCGAGAAGUGUACAAGCAAGACCGCUCCAAAAUCAUGCCCAGAAGCGAAGUCCUGUUGACCGGGACCACACAUUUCGCAGCAGUUGGGGUGGUGUCUUCAUUUUCGUGGACAAUGAAUAUAAUGAAUGUUUGAUGGACACUAAGUUACCGUUUUUAGAUAUUCUGCUCGGAUGUGUACAUGAAACACAAAAAUGGGGGUUUCUUUUUUACUUUCAUUUGUAA